CUGGGCAACAAUGCAGAGAUCACCCAUAGAAAAAGCAAAUGCCUUCUCUAAACUCUUCUUCAGGUGGCCAAGAUCCAUUUUGAAGAAAGGCUACAGGCAAAAGCUGGAACUAUCAGACAUCUACCAAAUUCCUUCAUCUGACUCUGCAGAUGAACUUUCUGAGAUGCUAGAAAGAGAAUGGGAUAGAGAGUUAGCAACAUCGAAGAAAAAUCCCAAACUUGUCAAUGCACUUCGCCGGUGUUUUUUCUGGAGAUUUCUAUGUUAUGGGAUUCUGCUUUAUUUUGUGGAAUUCACUAAAGCUGUGCAGCCUCUCUGCCUUGGACGAAUAAUAGCAUCGUAUAAUGUGAGAAAUACUUAUGAGCGUGAAAUAGCCUACUACCUUGCCUUGGGCCUAUGCCUUCUGUUUGUUGUGAGGACUCUCUUUCUACAUCCAGCUGUCUUCGGUCUCCAGCACCUCGGAAUGCAGAUGAGAAUAGCAUUGUACAGUUUAAUUUAUAAAAAGAUCUUAAAAAUGUCAAGCAGAGUACUUGAUAAAAUUGACACUGGACAACUUGUUAGUCUCCUAUCCAACAACCUUAAUAAAUUUGAUGAGGGCGUGGCAGUUGCUCACUAUGUCUGGAUUGCACCAGUGCAAGUAGUUCUUUUGAUGGGAUUGCUCUGGAAUGAAUUGACAGAAUUUGCAUUUUGUGGAUUGGGUUUCGUAAUACUGCUUGCCCUUUUCCAAGCCUGGCUAGGGAAAAAGAUGAUGCAAUAUAGAGACAAACGUGCAGGAAAAAUAAAUGAACGACUUGCAAUCACCUCUGAAAUUAUUGACAACAUUCAGUCAGUGAAGGUGUACUGCUGGGAGGAUGCUAUGGAAAAGAUUAUUGAUAACAUAAGGCAGGCUGAAUUAAAGCUGACCAGAAAAGUUGCCUACUGCAGAUACUUCAGCAGUUCAGCUUUCUUUUUCUCAGGCUUCUUUGUUGUGUUUCUGUCUGUGGUGCCUUAUGCUUUCAGUCAUACCAUAAAAUUGCGGAGGAUAUUCACCACGAUCUCAUACAACGUUGUCCUUCGAAUGACAGUCACCAGACAAUUUCCAUCAGCUAUACAAACAUGGUAUGAUUCUUUGGGAGCUAUACGUAAAAUACAGGACUUCUUACACAAAGAUGAACACAAAACUGUAGAAUACAACCUAACAACGAAAGAGGUCGAGAUGGAAAAUGUGACAGCUUCUUGGGAUGAGGGAAUUGGUGAAUUGUUUGAAAAGGUUAAACAGAAGGACUCUGAGUGCAACAUGGCGAAUGGAGAUGAUGGACUGUUUUUCAGUAAUUUUUCUUUACACGUUACACCUGUUCUAAAGAAUAUCAGCUUUAAGUUAGAAAAAGGUGAACUGCUGGCCAUAGCUGGAUCCACGGGAUCUGGAAAGAGCUCACUUCUGAUGAUGAUAAUGGGGGAAUUGGAGCCAUCAGAGGGUAAAAUUAAACACAGUGGCAGAAUCUCCUUCUCACCUCAAGUGCCCUGGAUCAUGCCUGGAACAAUUAAGGAAAACAUCAUAUUUGGACUUUCGUAUGAUGAGUACAGAUAUACCAGUGUUAUCAAUGCAUGUCAGCUCGAGGAGGAUAUCAUGGUGUUUCCUAACAAAGAUAAGACUGUUCUAGGAGAUGGAGGGAUUACUCUCAGUGGAGGUCAACGGGCAAGAAUCUCCUUGGCAAGAGCGUUGUAUAAAGAUGCUGAUCUGUAUCUGCUGGAUUCACCUUUCAGUCACCUUGAUGUAACUACAGAGAAGAACAUAUUUGAAAGUUGUUUAUGUAAACUGAUGGUUAACAAAAUUCGGAUCCUGGUGACUUCAAAGCUGGAACAUUUGAAGAAGGCCGAUAAAAUUCUGCUGUUGCAUGAAGGACACUGCUAUUUCUACGGAACCUUUUCUGAGCUUCAGGGGGAGAAGCCUGAGUUCAGUUCCCAGCUGCUGGGUUCUGAGGGUUUCGAUACGUUUAGUGCUGAACGAAGAAACUCAAUUCUCACUGAAACCCUUCGUCGGUGCUCCGUGUCCUCAGGUGACGGGGCAGGUUUAGGAAGCUUCAGUGACUCUCGGAAACCAUCAUUCAAGCAGCCACCAACAGAAUUCAGUGACAAAAGAAAAUCAUCACUGAUAAUUAAUCCAAUAACGUCAAACAAAAAAUUUUCCCUCAUACAAACAGCUAUGUCACACCCACAGGCAAAUAGUACAGAAGAUGCCAUAAGUGAGCCAAAUGAAAGGCAUUUUUCUCUCAUUCCAGAAAAUGAGCUGGGAGAACCCAUACAACCUCGGAGUAAUAUAUUCAAAAGUGAGGUUCCACUUCAGGCUCAUAGGCGACAAUCUGUGUUGGCACUCAUGACUAACUCUUCAACAUCUCCUAACAAGAUUCAUACACGGCGCAACACUGUACGCAAAAUGUCCAUGGUUUCUCAAACCAAUUAUGCUUCUUCUGAGAUAGAUAUUUACUCAAGGCGCUUGUCUGAAGAUGGAAGUUUUGAAAUUAGUGAAGAAAUAAAUGAAGAGGAUUUGAAGGAGUGUUUUGUUGAUGAAGAAGAAAUCCGUAAUGUUACAACCACGUGGAGCACUUACCUCAGAUAUGUUACAAUUAAUCGCAACUUGGUCUUUGUCCUCAUCCUUUGCCUUGUUAUAUUUUUAGCAGAGGUGGCUGCUUCUUUGGUUGGACUUUGGAUUAUAGGAAGCACUCCACUUACAGGAAGUGCAGAAGAUACUGGCUCACAAACCAAUGACUCCUCAACAGACCUCUCCCAAAUCUCUGUAUUUUCUCAGUUUAUUACAAAUGGCAGCUAUUAUUACAUAUUUUAUAUCUAUGUGGGACUUGCAGACAGUUUCCUUGCACUUGGGGUUAUUCGUGGUCUGCCUCUGGUCCACACUCUUGUUACAGUCUCCAAGGACCUGCAUAAGCGAAUGUUGCAUUCAGUUCUCCAAGCUCCCAUGAGUGUGUUCAACCAAAUGAAAACAGGCAGAAUUCUAAAUCGUUUCAUCAAAGAUACUGCAAUAAUAGAUGACAUGUUGCCACUCACUGCUUUUGACUUUGUGCAGUUAAUACUGAUUGUUGUGGGGGCCAUUGGUGUGGUAUCUGUGUUACAACCCUACACUCUGUUGGCUGCAAUUCCAGUAGCAGUUACUUUCAUCAUGUUGAGGGCUUAUUUCCUGCGUACAUCACAGCAACUGAAGCAACUGGAAUCUGAAGCUCGCAGCCCUAUUUUCAGCCAUCUCAUCACAUCGUUGAGAGGACUGUGGACAGUAAGAGCAUUUGGCCGACAGUCCUACUUUGAAACCCUUUUUCACAAGGCUCUGAACCUUCAUACUGCAAACUGGUUUCUCUACCUUUCAACACUGCGUUGGUUUCAGAUGAGGAUUGACAUUGUAUUUGUCGUCUUCUUCAUUGCAAUUACUUUCAUCUCCAUAGCAACACACAAUGUUGGGGAAGGAAAAGUUGGAAUUAUCCUCACCUUAGCCAUGAACAUCACAAGCACUCUUCAGUGGGCUGUCAAUUCAAGCAUAGACGUGGAUAGUCUGAUGAGGUCUGUAAGUCGUGUAUUUAAAUAUAUUGACAUACCCCCAGAAGAAUCUGAAACCAAGAACCGACAUAACCUCUCCAAUGUGCUUGUAAUUGAAAACAAGUAUCUUGCCAAUGAGUGGCCCUCUGGAGGCCAAAUGAUGGUGAACAACCUUACAGCCAAAUAUACCAAUGAUGGGCGCCCAGUACUGCAGGAUCUCUCCUUCACAGUAAAUGCAGGACAACGGGUUGGAUUGCUGGGACGAACAGGUGCUGGAAAAAGCACAUUACUUUCUGCUCUUUUGCGUCUCUUGUCUACUGAAGGGGAAAUUCAGAUUGAUGGGAUAUCCUGGAAUUCAGUCUCAUUGCAAAAAUGGAGAAAAGCAUUUGGCGUCAUUCCACAGAAAGUCUUUGUGUUCUCUGGAACCUUCCGGAAGAACUUGGAUCCUUAUGAACAGUGGAGUGAUGAGGAAAUCUGGAAGGUCACUGAAGAGGUUGGCUUGAAAUCAAUGAUUGAGCAAUUUCCAGAUAAUCUUAAUUUUGUUUUGGUGGAUGGUGGUUAUAUCCUCAGCAAUGGUCAUAAGCAGCUCAUGUGUUUGGCUCGAUCGAUUCUCAGCAAGGCUAAAAUCCUACUUCUGGAUGAACCUACUGCUCACCUGGACACUGUAACAUUCCAAAUCAUAAGGAAAACACUUAAAAAUACGUUUUCAAACUGCACUGUUAUACUCUCAGAACAUAGAGUGGAAGCUCUCCUUGAAUGCCAGCAAUUUCUGGUAAUUGAAGGAUGUUCAAUUAAACAGUUUGAUGCUCUGCAGAAACUUUUAACUGAAGCAAGCCUUUUCAAGCAAGUUUUUGGACAUUUGGACCGUGCAAAGCUAUUUUCUGCUCACAGAAGAAACUCAAGCAAAAGGAAAACACGGCCAAAAAUAAGUGCUUUACAGGAGGAGGCAGAGGAAGAUCUUCAAGAAACGAGGUUAUAAAGCUACAAAGAACAAAAUGCACAAUAUAUUCAUUAAGGUACCAAAACCAGUUCCCUAACAGAGAACUGUGGCAGCUGCAUCUAUAGCACAGAGCUCUUUAUUACUCUUAGAAACAGCUAGCUAACUAAAGGCAUCCUGAUCAAGGUAUUCAGCCAUCUUUCAAGUAUUCUGGGGUCAAGAAUGUAAUUGCGGGUCUGGAUGAAGUUAAUCCACAUUACAUACUGGAUGACUGCACAUGGAACCGAAUGUAGGAAAACAAGCAUUGCAAAACUCCAUUAGCUCAGCAAAGUUCUUCUAAAACUAAGGUUCCUCCACUGACGAUCAAGAAUCAACUGCCUUUCUUUGCUGUCGAUACAGGAGCUUGGUAUCAAUUACUAUGAUGAUGACAUCUUUGUUAAUGGUCAUAGUUGGCAAUGGAAAUAGUCAUUGUCAGCACCAAGCUAAGAGCAUUGCACCUUGCAGACAGUAUUUGUUAAUGGUGUGUUAUGAUAUUUCUUCAUGGUACUCCACAUAACUAAGCAUGUGAAAAAUCAAAAGGCUUGCAAAGGAUGGGAUGCAUUGUAAAGUUGUUCUUCUUUGUGUUACAGUGUCUUGUAUUUAAAUAGUAAUUCCGAAUGAAGCAUGUAAAAGACUUGAGAAACUAUUUUUAACAUUUAUUCCAAAUUAUUAACCCUGUAAGGACCAGGGUAGCAUUUUGCAACAGUACAAAAUACAAGAUUACAAUUUUUCUAUUUAUUCAAUGAAUUUUAGAGAGUAUUCUGUAUUCAUCCAAGUCCCUCUCACAAAGAUAUAACAAUUUAAAUUCUACAAUAAAUGGUAAAGUCACUAUAAUCCUGUUCUCUCAUUAGACAGAAGCUGGUACUUUGACCUGAGGGUCACCAUGUCUCAGACAACGAGUGAGAUUCAGAAGGAGAAUACUUCAUGGUAACUACAACUGGUGUAGGAAUUUUGGACAUUAUGUAAGGCCAGCCAUUAUUAGCAAACAGUAAUUGUCCUCUAUAAGAUUGUGCUGAGCUUUCUUCUGAAUUGUUACAGUCCAUAUGGUGAAGGUGUACAGAGCAAUGAUUGAUCAGAAGUUCCAGAGUUUGACCCCGUGACAACAAAGGAACAAUGUUAUACCUCCAAGUCAGGAAGGUCACUUGGAGGAGAUGGUGUUCAUUGGACAUGUUUCCUUUGUUCCUCCAGCUGGCCAAGGGCACUAGAACUGUUUAUGAUACAAAAUAUUUAGUCUUUUACUCAAAUAAAAAUGGAGUAAUGGUUACUCAUCGUCCCAUUUUAGGAAUGUUCCACUGAAGGAAAAUAAAAUAUGCCAUUAAAUUCUGCGGGUGACUGUGGAACAGAGAGAGAUUUGCAAAUGGGAGAUAAAGAACUCUGGUUGGGCAAAUGUCUCCACUCAUUUAAUACAAAACUAUUUUUACAAUUCAAAUCUAAUCUUUAAUAACAAUAGUGUUUUUUAGGACUUUAUUAUCUUUGGAUAUUAAUAAUCUUAAAUCAUGUUCAGUAUUUUGAAGACAAAACUUAAUCUUCGCAC